AAGCUGUAAAGAUAAGCUUAUCUUCAAUACGGCUGGCUUUAGAUAUUGGAUAGCAAACCAGUUUGGAAUCAGCGUUUGAAGUAGUCGGACCUAGCUUCGCAACGAAUGUUGCCUUUUUUCAAUCAAAAUGUUGUAUAUAAUCUUCCUGCUGGUCAUCACCCUAGCGAUCCUCUUCAUCAAGCAACGCUACAACUACUGGAAGGUGCGUGGAGUGCCCUACCUGAACCCAGCGUUCCCAACCGGUAACGCCCGCGGUCUCGGCACCCGGCUGAACCUCGCCGAGGUCUUGCACAGCUGCUACGAACAACUCAAGAGUCGAGGCGGCGGCCCCUUUGGCGGAAUCUUCUUCUUCCUUGGACCACAGAUCGUGGCAACGGAUUUGGACUUUGUGAAAACGAUUCUGGUGCGGGAUUUUUCGUACUUUCACGACCGCUCGCUGUACUACAACGAGCGGGAUGAUCCGCUAGCGGCGCAUCUGUUCACGAUCGAAGGAUCCAGAUGGCGGGCGCUGAGGGCUAAGCUAACGCCGACUUUUACCUCCGGGAAGAUGAAGAUGAUGUUUCCGAUCGUUCGGGAUGUGGCGGGGGAGUUGGAGAAGUGUUUGGGUCAAGAGUUGGCUAUGGAUUCGAACGUUGAGAUGAAGGACAUUUUGGCGAGGUUUACAACGGAUGUGAUUGGGAAUUGUGCGUUUGGGUUGGAGUGUAACAGCUUGAAGAAUCCGGGCGCGGAGUUUCGUGAAAUGGGUCGGAGGGUGUCUACGCUGCCACCUUUCAUGAUGAUCAAGUUUUUCCUGGCACAGCAAAUCAAGCCGGUGGCACGUGCCCUCGGGGUGACCAUUAUGGAGCGAGAUGUGACCGACUUCUUUAUGAGCACCGUGAAGGAAGUGGUUGAAUACCGCGAGAAGAGCAAAGUUCAGCGAGAUGAUUUCAUGAACUUGUUGAUUGAGCUGAAGAAUUCGGCGAAGGAUAGCGAGAGAUUGACGUUGAACGAAAUAGCCGCACAGGUUUUCUUGUUUUUCUUUGCGGGGUUUGAUACGUCUUCGACGUUGAUGUUGUUCUGCCUCUACGAAUUGGCGUUAAAUCAGGAUGUUCAAGAUAAGGCAAGACAAAAUGUAAUGGGAGUCUUAAAGCAGCAUGGCACGUUAUCCUAUGAAGCAGUUUUCGACAUGAAGUAUUUGGACAAAUGUAUAUCUGAAACCCUUCGGAUGUACCCUCCGGCAGCUGUAAUUUUCCGAACCGCUACCAAGGACUAUCCCGUCCCAGGAACUGACUUCACCAUCGAGAAGGGAACUCCGGUGAACAUUUCCGUGCUAGGGAUUCACCGUGAUCCUGAACUCUACCCGGACCCCAUGAAGUUCGAUCCGGAGCGAUUCAACCCGGACCAGGUGGCCAAACGGCACCCCUUUGCCUACCUUCCCUUCGGUGAAGGUCCCCGGCUGUGUAUUGGAAUGAGAUUCGCCCAGAUGCAAACCCGGGUGGGGCUGGCAACACUUCUACAGAACUUUCGGUUUACCGUUUCUCCCAAGACACCGAUCCCACCGAAGAUCGUUCCUUCAAGCGGAUUGUUCGUCCCACAGGACAAUUUUUGGUUGAAUAUUGAAAGAAACGAAUAAAGUGGCAAGUCUUAA